CGCUGACCCCUGACCCCUCGAGCCGAUAGCUAGCGUCACUUUCAACACUGGCCGAUAUGGCAUAUUACCAAAACAUUGUUGUAUCAACAACAUAGUGUCCAAGUCGAAUUGUAUAUAUUGUAAAUUAUAUUUAUUUUUUAUAAGCGCAAUCGCAUGAAAAUACUUGAAGGAAAUGAGCGCUCCAGAAGAACAUAAGGAGACGCCUUUGGAGGUGAUCCAUGAGUUCAUCAAUGGCGUAGAUGAUGGGACCAUACGCCGCGACCUGGGGGAGGACUGCAUCCUCAGCUUCUACAGUCGAAAUGUGCGUGGCGCCAAGGCAAUCACCGGAUUUUUGAGAAACCAGUUGACAAUGCGCUACAAGCACGAGGGAUUCGAGGAAGCAGCACAAAUUGAGUGGGGCGACGAACUUCUGCUGAAGGCGCGCUUCGGCAGAUCGUUUGACUCGGAACGUCGUCGCAUCUACGAGGAGAAGGAGCGCACAGGCACCACUCUGCAUGUGCGUCCAGAGAGCGAUGACGAGGAGGUAAAUGAAAAGUUUUCCUCAACCCUGAUCACACCGCCCCGUCCAUCGAGCUACAAUUUGAACUCCCUGAAGUAUGUGGAGGCGUGUGGCCUGUUGAACAAGCGUAAUGAACAUAUCUACGGCGGCCUGGACAUGGGCGAGUCAUGCGCGGUCCACCUUACUUUGGGCUAUCGGAGCACCUUUCUGCCCGGCGGUCAAGUGAGCGGCUUUGAAAUCUGCCUGGCUGUCUACGAUCGGGGUCUGACAAGCCUCAAACGAUCCACUCUGAUUCCGCCACUGUGCAGCAUUUCCUUUGCACGACGGGCCAGCGCCCGAUGUAAUCCAACCACCGAUGAUGAGGAGGAUACCGAGGAGGAUUCAACGCCGCCAACAGCGAGGCGCUGCGUGCGUCGUACUUUAUUUACAGAGGAGAACACUCAGAAAGAAGAGGAUGCCGAUUUCAUACCCGUGGUGGAGCAAGAGCAGCCAGCACCGCAGGAGCAGCCAGCACCGCAGCAGGCUGAGGAGACUGGCGAGGUAGUGAUCCCCGUAGAUAUAUCCACAGCCUUGAAGACCACAAAUUUCAGCAGCUGUACACCGAGGAAACGACAACAGGCAACCAAUGGCAACGAAGUAGUGCGUAAACGUGCGACGGGACCAAGGCGGAUGCGUUUCUAGACCGGACAGAUAUUUAAACAGCUAUAGUCCCUAGUUGCUUUUCCAAAUUUACGUAGCACAAUUAUUUUCUUUGGCUUUCGAGGAUACCCGACAAAUUUCCGUAAUUAUUUGAACAAGACUGAUUGCACCCGCUUUGGUUCCGCUUCCUGGGACCCCGCGUCGCGCUAGGCUAAACUACAAUAUGUAUUGUUUUACAUAAUCCCCUGUAUUUAUUUGUGUAUUAAAGUUCAAUGUUUAUUU